AUGUUUGCCUGCGCUCGCAGCCGGAUCGCGGCCUCCUCUGCCGCCUGGACCCCGCGGUUUGUCUCCCGGGCCAGCUACUCGACGACUGUGUCUCGUCUCUCGGAGAACAGAAUGCAAGCCAACAAUCCGAGCCCGCCCACAAAACAGCCCAAUGUAUCCGCCUCCAAUGCGACGCCCGUCGACUCGAUGGGAUCGUGGGAUCUCCCGCUGAAGGAGGACCCCGAGGCUGGCGAGCGUAUCCGUGAGGUUCAGGCUCCUAACCGCGCCCGGACCUGGGCGGCCAGUCAACAGCCGCGGGAGAAGGCGAUGACUGGGCCUCGUUUCGAGCAGACAAUAAUGGAAUAUCAGCCCCAACCCAUGGCCGCUAUCGAACUCAUUCACAAGCAGCCCGUUCGCUGGACAAACAAGAGAAUCGUCAGCUGUGACGGCGGCGGCGGUCCUCUCGGUCAUCCUAAGAUCUUCAUCAACACCGAUAAGCCCGAGAUUGCUACCUGCGGUUACUGCGGUCUUCCUUUUGCUCAUGAGCAGCACCGCGCAUACCUCGAGUCCCUCCCCGCUACUAGCUACCCUCUUAAACCGACUGGGGAUGCCGCCGAAGUGAACGAGACCCAGCGCGUCACCGAGGGAGGAUUAGAGCAGCGGUAA